ACAGAGUGAGGCUUCACAGUCUGCUGGAUUGUCUAAUCUUUGGUUGCUUUGUGUGGAAGAAUGUAUUCUCUAUAAAAUUUAAAGCUAAAAACAUGACAAUGCCUGCCUAUCUGGCCAAUCACUGAUAUCUGAAACUUCUGUCAACAGAAAAGUAAAUAUGGGGAACUGUGGCUCGUUUGAUCCUGAAGAUGAAUUCUCCUACCAUCCAGACGAAUGGUGUGACCAGUGUAACUGCCCAAAGCCUCCACCCAAUCAGUCCUAUGAUCCUCUGAUCCCGUAUCCAUCCCAGUACACACCUCCACCAUUAUCUCCUCUUCCGGAGAACCUGGUGGUAGCAAUAUACAAAUAUGAGCCAAGCCACAGUGAUGACCUUGGCUUUGCGAAGGGGGAGAAGAUGAAAAUCCUAAAUGAGGAUGACCCUGAAUGGUACAUGGCCGAGUCUCUGUCUACUGGGCAGAGGGGAUAUAUACCACAAAAUUUUGUAGCAAAACUGAACACCAUGGAGUCAGAACCGUGGUUCUUCAAAAAUCUCUCCAGGAAUGAUGCCAUGAGGCAAUUACUGGCCCCUGGUAACACACAGGGCUCCUUCCUCAUCAGAGAGAGUGAGACCACACCAGGCAGUUUCUCACUAUCCGUGAGAGACCUGGAUCACACGCAGGGUGACAUCAUCAAGCACUACAGAAUCCGCAACCUGGACGCAGGCGGAUUCUACAUAACCACCAAGAUCUCCUUUAACUCCCUCUCAGAGCUCAUCAAACAUUAUUCACGAGAGUCUGAUGGACUGUGCACUCGGUUGGUGAAGCCGUGUCAGACUCGAGUACCUCAGAAGCCCUGGUGGCACGACGAGUGGGAAGUGCCCCGUGAAUCUCUCAAACUAGAGUCUAGACUGGGCCAGGGGCAGUUUGGAGAAGUGUGGAUGGGGUUGUAUAAUAACAGUCGUCGAGUGGCUAUCAAGAAUCUCAAGCCAGGCACCAUGUCCAUCAGUGCUUUCCUGGUGGAGGCAAACCUGAUGAAGACCUUGCAGCACCCUCGACUAGUGCGUCUUUUUGCUGUAGUCACACAGGAACCCAUUUACAUCAUCACAGAGUAUAUGGAGAAUGGCAGCCUGGUAGAUUUUCUGAAGACUCCAGAAGGAUGCAAUUUAACCAUCAAUACACUGAUAGAUAUGUCUGCCCAGGUCGCAGAGGGAAUGGCUUUCAUAGAGCAGAAAAACUACAUUCAUCGAGACCUUAGAGCUGCCAACAUUUUGGUUUCUGAAGAGCACAUUUGCAAAAUAGCUGAUUUCGGCCUCGCCCGCUUCAUUGAAAAUAACGAAUAUACAGCCAGAGAAGGUGCAAAGUUUCCUAUCAAAUGGACGGCGCCUGAGGCCAUAAACUUCGGUACCUUUUCGAUCAAAUCAGAUGUCUGGUCGUUUGGAGUGCUGCUGACAGAAAUAGUUACAUAUGGAAGAAUCCCAUAUCCAGGAAUGACAAACCCAGAGGUGAUCGCAAACCUUGAGAGAGGGUACCGCAUGCCUUGCCCUGAUAACUGCCCUGAGGCUCUCUAUAACAUCAUGAAACAUUGCUGGACAUUAAACCCAGACAACCGACCCACAUUUGAAUACCUGCGCAGCGUACUGGAGGACUUUUUUACUGCCACAGAGACACAGUAUCAGGAGCAGCCCUGCUGAAUUGAUUUACUUUACAAACAUUAAAAUGAGUAAACUAACUGUCCAAAGAGUCACAAUAAAGACAUGAGAAUUCUUACAAAUUCCUUAAAAAUAGUUGAUUUAAUCUUGACUUAAAAGAAAACUAAUGUUCUUUAAUCUUGAAUACUGCUUAUUUCUUACUAAGAAUAUGCCUAUACUAAAUGAACAUGAAACAAUUUAUGAUUAACAAGUUGGUUUAAACAUUGAUCUUGUCUUUGUUUUGACCACAGACCCUGUACAGUGUACACAAAUGUUGCGUGUAUAGUUUUUUUUUUAACAGUUAGAUGGCAAUAGGAUAUAUAAAAAUGAGAUUACAAAAUAAUUUUGGCACAAUAAACUAAUUUGUGUUCUUUUAAAGAAUGAGUGAACGGCUUGCUGUAGCUUUUUGGUAUUUUGCCUUCUGUUUAUUUUGCUUUUAGAUUUGACAUGUACAAUUCAAAUUUGUGUUUUUAUAAAAGAACAUAUGACUGCAUCAUAUCACCAAGCCUGUAAAACACUCCAAGAAAAUGUGCAUUACUUUGUCUGCUUUCACCUAAUUAGACAAAUAACUCUUUAUAUGUUCACUGUGACCUCUGCUGAUUUAAGCAAGUGGUUUUUCGGUUGAUUCGUUGUUUUGUGUUUCACGAAUGAGGUGCAGUGUCAAAGUACAUAAGUACAUAUGAGGAAUAAACAGUGUGAUAAAGA